ACUUUGAAGGUCAAUAUCAGGGAGACGUGAUACGAGCUUUGAGAGCGACAGCCCCAAGUGAUAAGAUAUCUCGACUGCAGCGCCAGACCUCCACAGAGAUAUUUCGUGCAGGCUACACGGUCGGGUUUGAAGUGCUUCGACCCCUGAUUUUCUAUAAAUUAUUUUUCCGUAGUUUACUUACGCGCUAUAAUGAGUAGACACGAUUUAGGCCGGGCUUCAGCUGGACGCAAUCAGAAAAGCAUGGAAGAGGCACCGCCCAGCUUUGUGUCGGGAACACUUAUACCAUUGUUCCUGAUGCUAUUAACGCCAAACAUCGUUGUCUGUGGGAUAUAUUUUGUGGUGGUAUACGGAUCGUCCAUUGCUGAAGUCUCGAAGAUUGGCUUUCUUACGUUCUGGUACGACUCGUGGACAGCACGAGGACUUGGAACCUACGAGACUUGGCUGUUCCUGCUCCUCUUCACUGCGUACUCUGGACUCUCGCUGGUCAUCUUGCCGGGCAAAGUCUACUACGGGCCUCCCACUUCUUCAGGACAUAGGCCCCUCUACAGUCGAACGGGAGUGCUCUACUACACGUUGACAAUGGGAAUAACCGCGUACCUAAUUCUGUACCAGGACGUCCGUUGCUGGAGCAUCUACCGAAGUCUCCCCGAUGCGGCUGUCGCCAUGACCCUCGUGGGGUUCGUGGUAUCCUCCCUUCUUUUCAUCAAGGGUCACGUGAGUCCCUGCCCUGGAGAAAGUGGCUCCUCCGGGAAUAUCAUAUUUGACUUCUACUGGGGAAUGGAACUGUACCCACGACUGGGGAAGCACCUGGACGUGAAACAGUGGACCAACUGCCGGUUCGGAAUGAUGCUCUGGCAGCUCAUGGUGCUGAUCAGCUGGAAGGCCCAAGUUGAGGACAGUGGCUGGAACUGGUCGAUGGCAGCAACGGCCAUACUCCAGACUGUGUACAUCGCCAAGUUUUACUGGUGGGAAGAUGGAUACAUGACGAGCAUCGACAUCAUCGUUGAUCGUGCAGGUUACUACAUCUGCUGGGGCUGCAUCUGUUUCCUGGGUCUGCUGUACGGACUCACGAGCCUGUAUAUGGUCGAAAACAGCCCAGAGAGCAGCGCAGCAUUUGGAGUCGGUGACAUCGCCUUUGGUCUCGUCAUGAUUGGCUGCAACUACUGGUGCGACUACCAGCGGCAGGUUGCGCGGGCGUCCAACGGAAAGUGCCACAUCUGGGGAUCCCCGGCGAGGGUCAUCAAGGCGUCGUACCGAGACUUGUACGGCAGGCAGAAGACAAACCUCCUUCUGGCGUCGGGCUUCUGGUCGCUCAGUCGCCACAUGAACUACAUAUUCGAAAUUCUAUGUGCCGUCUCGUGGGCCAUUCCGGCCGGUGCCUCAAGUAUCGUGCCCUAUCUGUACCUACUCUACCUCACUGGACUUUUAGUUCACCGGAGCUACAGAGACGAGCGGAAGUGUUCCAUAAAGUACAAUCAGUUCUGGACGCAGUACAAGUCGUUGGUCAAGUAUCAGCUGCUACCGUACGUCCUGUAGUGUUCAGAGAUGGGUUGCGGUUUGAGCGCACCUGUUGUUUCAGCUUCGAAAUGAUAUCUGCUUAUCAUAAGUACCGAUGUCGACUACAUUGUAAAUCGUUCAAAAUAUAGAUAUAUAUAUUUUUAAAUACAUAAUCUAUGACGCAGUGUAUAGUGUGUAUUUUAAUAAUUUAAACGUACCUAGUUAAAGUGCAACAUCUGAAGCUGCGUCAAUUGGGUAAUACCAACUGAACUGAGGUCCUGCCAAUGAAUGCGCAGUGACUUCGAAUAAUUAAGGUUCCACUUCGACAACGCAGGCAACACGAAGUGUUGUAAUAACAUGAAAAUAGAGUCGAUAAUCAAUGAGAUGACCGUAUGUUCAAAGCAAACCGAUGUUGUCCUCGGAAACCUCAACGAGGGCACAACACGGUGUUGACUGAACCUCCAGCGCACAAGCAUUUCCCUUAUAAACAUGGAAUAAAUAAAAAUAUGCAACCUUCUACACUAA